GCGAUAAAUGUCAAACAACUUCAAGAUUUACUCACUUCCCCCAUCAACCACCUCAUCAAACGCCACGUGUACACGCUCUUUCUUAAAUGACAUGAUUGCCCUUCCCUCUCCUACUCCCCUCCCUCACCUCUCGCGGCUAUUUCAUGUGGUCAGUUAUAUUAUCCCCUCUCCCAUUCGUUCUUCCUCUCUCUUUGGUUUUCUGCAGAUCCGAACACUACGAAAACGAAUGCUAAUUUUUCUGUAGAGUGUCUGGGGCCAGUUUCUCUCUACAGUUUCGAUCAGUGCAGGGAAAGGCCAUGUGAAGUGUUUGAACUGGACAGUGAUCUCACUUUUCCUGCUAUUGUUAGGUUACUGAUUUUUCUGGUGCACAAAAGAUGGGUAAAUGCAAGGGUUGUGGGAAAUUAGGAAGAAUGGUGCCAAGGGAUCAGAUUGUGAGCUCUUAUCAUUUCGCUCUUCUGCUAUCGCCUGUUGUUUCUGUUUGGGACUGCAUUGUUCGUAAGAUGAGGUACUCCUUCAGACCUGAGUGGGUGUAGGCGUCAGGAUUUUAGCAGUAUAUUAGUUGCCAAGUUGGAUACCCAUUAGAUUUUAUUUGAGUGUUGAAUAACAAAGAAAGCAAAAAAAACAGUUUUAGGGAAAAUGUAUACGUCUUAGAGGUGUUCUUCCAAAGGAACAGAAAAACAAAAAAGAAACCUUGAGCAAACAAAACUUCAGUUAGGUGGUUGUUAUUGUUGUUGUUAACAUGGAGUGUACAAGAGUGCAUCCUGUCGUUAGAAAAGUGAAGAAGAAGCCAGUGAAGGAUGAGCUGGAUCGUAUAAAACAGGCUGAGAAGAAAAAGAGACGAUUGGAGAAAGCCCUUGCUACUUCUGCAGCCAUCCGCUCUGAACUGGAAAAGAAGAAGCAGAAAAAGAUGGAAGAACAGCAAAGGCUUGAUGAAGAGGGUGCUGCAAUUGCUGAGGCAGUUGCGCUGCAUGUCCUACUUGGUGAAGACUCAGAUGAUCCGUGCAAGAUUAUGCUCAAGAAAGAUGAAGUGUUCAACCAAUGGAAUUGUGCUGGCAAUAUUGACCUAUUUAUGGGCAGCAGGAGAGCAGGCCUUCCUCAUCAGGGCCGCACUAGAUGUUCUCUUGAAGGAAUUGGAUGGGCGUCUAAUGGUCAUGGAGAUUUUUAUGGGUGGAAUGACUUGAGCAGCGAUGAUUGGUCUUUUUCAUCUGGUCCUUUUGGAAGAGAUUUCCACGCUUCAUAUUUUGAGGAGGGAGGUUGGGGCACAACAGGGAUCUCUGCUGGCCUUAUUGCAGCACAGGCUGUUUCUUCACUUCAUAUUGCGGAAGAUGCACAUGUGGACACGAUCGUCUUUAAUAAUAUGUUGAGAAGUUGAACAAGUUCCCUUGUGAUGUGGUCUGAUCACUAUAGGAGUCUUGAUUAUAGUUCUCGCAAUAAUGGUUUUGUAUAUAUUUUUCAUGUUGUGCCCUUUUUCCUGGUCUUGCUUGUUCAAUACCGAACAACAGUGCUGUAUUUUGUUUUCAUUUUUCUCUUGGGAGCUUAUUUAUCUUUUUAGAAGCAUCUCUCUGUGGAGUGAUUUGCAUGACUGUGUGAGACAUGGUGAGUCCAGUGUUGUAUUACACUUAUAUAAUUACAUCUUCUGUGGCUUAUGAUAAUAUUAAGGCAUAUUCUAUGGUUUUGACUA